AAAAUGACGAAGUUGCAUGAACUGCUCUCACCUGGACCAGACCGCCGAAGCAUUGGUCGAAGGAGGGACGGUGCAGUUGACCAGAGCCGUGCACGAGCGCGGAGUAGCUAUAGCCAGGGCGAGAUAGUAGCCAACACCAAGCCAUCGCUCCUGAAGAGAGUCCGAGAUAAUCGAUCCUGUCAGGGGAGAGAUUAAAGCGUGUCCGACAACUCUGUCACCGCGUAGUGUUGCAGAACAGCCCUAAGCGAGGUGCGUUGAGCUCGAAAAUUACGCCUUGAAUCCCGUGUGGUGUGCUCGUUCGGCUCAAUCGAGCACAAAAUCCUGGAACAGUGAUGCCCGCUCUAGCGGCAAGUUAAAGUAGCGCCCUUCCUGAGGAUUUCAACCUAAGGACCAACUUAUCAGCCUCUCCAGAUUCCACACAGUGCUCUCAGCCUCCUCCGAGCCCCCUCGCCUCCGCCAUGAACCAUCUCCGGUCCCUCGGUAACCAGCUGAGGAGUUCCAUCCUCCGUUACGGGGUGCCUAUCUACGAGGCCAAAGGGGAGGACAUCGAGCUAUGCAGUUCGAAAGCCGGCGAGACCACACAGGGGAGUCUGCAGCCCAAUGGCCACAUCAAUCUCGCCGAUACGAAAAGAGACGGUGUACCACCGAAUCAGGACACGGCAGGGACGAGUUCAGUAUGGCAGGCAGGCUGGAAUGUAGCCAACUGUAUGCAGGGCAUCGGCAUGCUCAGUUUGCCCUAUAUGGUGAAAGAGGGCGGGCUGGCUGCCCUCAUUACAAUGGCAGUGGUGCUCAUCAUAGGCAACUACACAAGCAAGGUGUUAGUGUACUGUCUUUAUGAAGAUCAGCUAAACCUGGAGUCGGGGGAAAAACCUCAUCUGGUGCGCGUGCGCAAGACGUAUGCAGACGUAGCGGACGCCUGCUAUAAAUCCGGCGGCACCGUUCUGAACAUUAUGCAAAUAAUCGACGUCAUAGCCGUGGCGGCGCUCUACCUCGAGCUGGCGGGGUCGCUCAUGGUGGACACCUUCUCCAUGUCGGGGCUUUCCAAACUCACCUGGACCGUCCUGUGCGGUGUGUUGCUCCUGCCGACCAUCUUCUUCCGGCACCUGACCAAGAUCUCGUGGCUGAGCUGCUUCGCGGUUUUAUCGCUAGUCAUCAUGUUCUUUAGCGUGGUGUGGUACAGUCUUGGCAAGAGCAUUGUGUGGGAUAUCACCAGCGUGCCCGCCUUCAACCUCCAGCAGUACUCGGUCAGCGCCUCCAUCAUCCUCUUCAAUUUUGGCACCCAAUUCAUCAUGCCCGGCGUGGAGGACAGCAUGAGGAACCGAGCCCAGUUCAACCGCAUGGUCAACUGCACUUACUUUAUCACCGGCGUGCUGAACAUCGCCUACGCCCUAUUCGCGUACCUUUCAUUCGGUCUGGAGACGAAAGAGUUUAUCACCUACAACAUGCCUCUGGGACCGCUCCAGGCAGCUGUUAGCAUGUUGUUUGUCAUCAAGUCCCUCCUUUCCUAUCCCCUAAUGCUGUUUCUAAUCGUCAACUCUGUGGACUCCAUGAAGCUGUCUUUCCUACCGCCCUGCAGCGGAGCGACCCCCGAUCGCAUGCCGCCCGCAUGGGCCAUGAUAUUUCGUGCGCUCCUCGUCCUCUUCACGUUGUUUCUUGCUGUAGUCGUGCCACAUUUUACACUUCUGAUGGGUGUCACCGGCAGCUUGACGAGUCCGUGGCUAGACUUUAUAUUCCCCUGUCUAUUCUACCUGAAAUUGAAAAGGAAGUCGCUUGCAUGGUGGGAAGUGGUUAUAAAUUGGGUCAUUGUAGGGGUGGGGCUUGUAGGAGGCGUAGUUGGUUUGAUUUAUUCGAUGAAAGCAUUAGUGAAUGCUUACGCAGAAGAUUUUAGUUAGAUGAAUUUAGGAAAAGAUUAAGAUUUAGUUAAUACCCAUUUGGAAAAUGUUCAGAUAAUUUCAGAUAUUGCCUGCCAUGUAAUACCGUUAUAAGAGUCUAUCUAAUGUUGUCUUCAAGACCACCAGUGUAUACACCAUGUAUACACGAAACAUUGACGUGUAGUGGCAAACAGUAAUGAAUUAUUAUGUCCGGCUGCAAUUUUUGAAAUAACAUUACGUUGACGUUGUAGCUAAUGGAUAAUUAGUGACCACGUUGCCACAAGCAAAGAGUUGAUAUUUCUGUGUUGUAUAUGUGUUUUCUCGAAACUUACACGC